AUGGUAACAUCAUGGUUUGACGCCACAUCCCCCCAGCCCCAGACAGGCCCCUUGUCUCGAGUGUCGUCUGAGGUUUGGGGAUGGCCUGCGCUUUGGCUGCUUCACUUGGGAUGCAUGCAGAGAGCCGGCAGCAGUGACAGCAUCAUCAACAAACACACAAAGCCCACAUCCAGGCUGCAGCUGAGCCACUCCAGAGAGAGAGAGAAAGAGAAAACACUCCAAACUGUGCUGAGGAAACAGCUCUGCCCGAAGGAGGAAUCAAAUCUGGGCUGCUUUGUUCCAAACAAACAACAGGCCGCUCUUCCCAAUCGCCUUGUUUUCGCAGCAGCGGCUUGUGUCGGCCUCGUCACUUUGGUACAGUGA